ACCCUCUCAGGUGCGCCCGAAGGGGACGCCGCGCUGCGGUUUCUACUUCCGGGCCGACUGCGACCACUUCCGGGGCGACCGCCAGGAGGCGGAAGUGCGGUUUCCUGGAGGCGGCCGUCUCGGGACCGGCAGAGGGAGGCUCCCGAGGCGGGGGCCGGGCCGGGAUGGCGGCGGCGGCGGCCGGGGCGGCCCAAGAGAAGCAGCUCCCGCCGGCUCUGCUGAGCUUCUUCAUCUACAACCCGCGCUUCGGGCCGCGCGAGGGGGAGGAGGAAAACAAAAUUUUGUUUUAUUAUCCAAAUGAAGUAGAGAAGAAUGAGAAGAUUAGAAAUGUCGGGCUAUGUGAAGCCAUUGUACAGUUUACAAGGACCUUCAGUCCAUCAAAGCCCGCGAAGUCUUUACACACACAGAAGAACAGGCAGUUCUUCAAUGAACCAGAAGAAAAUUUCUGGAUGGUCAUGGUUGUUCGGAAUCCUAUCAUUGAAAAGCAAAGUAAAGAUGGAAAACCAGUUGUUGAAUACCAAGAGGAGGAGCUGUUGGACAAGGUUUAUAGUUCCGUGCUCCAGCAGUGCUACAGCAUGUACAAGCUUUUUAAUGGGACAUUCAUGAGAGCCAUGGAAGAUGGAGGUGUCAAGCUCCUAAAAGAAAGAUUAGAGAAAUUCUUCCAUCGGUAUUUGCAAACGCUGCAUUUGCAGUCAUGCGAUCUACUCGACAUUUUUGGUGGAAUCAGCUUCUUCCCGUUGGAUAAAAUGACUUAUUUGAAAAUCCAGUCCUUUAUUAAUAGAAUGGAGGAGAGCCUGAGUAUAGUCAAAUACACUGCCUUUCUCUACAAUGACCAACUCAUCUGGAGUGGAUUGGAACAAGAUGACAUGAGAAUUUUAUACAAAUACCUCACCACAUCCCUCUUUCCAAGGCAUAUCGAACCCGAGUUGGCAGGAAGGGAUUCUCCCAUCAGGGCAGAAAUGCCAGGAAAUCUUCAGCACUAUGGAAGAUUUCUGACUGGACCCUUGAACCUUAAUGAUCCAGAAGCAAAAUGCAGAUUCCCCAAAAUCUUUGUAAAUACCGAUGACACUUACGAAGCCCUCCAUCUCAUCGUUUAUAAGGCCAUGAGCGCAGCUGUGUGCUUCAUGAUUGACGCCUCCGUGCAGCCCACGCUGGACUUCUGCCGGAGACUGGACAGCAUCGUGGGGCCCCAGCUCACGGUGCUGGCAUCGGACAUCUGUGAGCAGUUUAACGUCAACAAGAGAGUGUCUGGGUCUGAGAAGGAGCCCCAGUUUAAGUUCAUCUACUUCAACCACAUGAACUUGGCAGAGAAAAGUACGAUCCACAUGAGGAAAACGCCCAGCGUGUCGCUGACGUCUGUUCACCCGGAUCUGAUGAAGAUUCUGGGCGACAUCAAUAGUGACUUCACCAGGGUGGACGAAGACGAGGAGAUCAUCGUGAAAGCCAUGAGUGACUAUUGGGUUGUUGGGAAAAAGUCUGACCAGCGGGAGCUCUAUGUUAUUUUGAAUCAAAAAAAUGCAAACCUGAUUGAAGUAAAUGAAGAGGUCAAGAAACUCUGCGCCACGCAGUUCAACAACAUCUUCUUCCUGGAUUGACCGGUAACGGCUCGCAGAAGCAUCUCUUAAAAAGCAUUCGGCAAGCAUUCUGUUUACACUGCAGGUUAUUGGUCAUAUUACUGACUGGAUUAAUGACAAUAGUAAAGCAAUACUUGCUCUGAAGAAUCAAAUUUCUACUCAGUCUGAUGAUCCUCUGGAGUUUUUAGAUUUUAAAUAUUUAUGUGGAAUUAGCCAACGACAUUGUAUCAUUCCAUUCUUUGGACAUUAUGUGAAUAUUUUACUGGAAAAUAAGAUUAAUAAAUUGUUAAAGUUUUUAAA